AUGACUGCAAGGACCAUCGUCAUUGACCACGGGUCUGGCUAUGUGAAGUCAGGCUUCUCUGGCUGGAAUGAGCCCCAGCUGGUCCACCCGAACAUCGUGAACUACAGGCCGUGCAGGGAGAAUCCUGGCCCCAGCUCCGCCCGGCGGGUGGUGGGUCUCGGCAUCGAUAUCUUCCAUCCUGACACCUUUAGCUACCCCAUCCAGCGUGGCCAUAUCCUCAACUGGGAGGGCGUGGAGCACAUAUGGUCCUUUGUCAUGGAGAGCCACCAAAAGGGAUGUGAGGGCUCCCCUGUAUUGGUCACUGAGUCCCCCUUGAGGAAGCCUGUGGACCGAAAGAAGACCCUGGAGAUCAUGUUUGAGUCGCUGUGUGUCCCGUCCCUACUCCUGGCUGACCAGCUGGAGAUGUCCCUGUACGCCUCUGGCCUCCUGACGGGCACGGUGUUCGAUUCUGGCUUUGGCCUCACCCGAGUGCAGCCUUUCCACCUGGGCCAGCCCUUGUGGGAGGGCCGUAAGGUGGUGGAGUUCGCCGGCCAGGACCUCUCCACCUACCUCAAACAGACCCUCUUUCCAGAAGGGUCUGACGUACCCACAGUGUUUCAGAUGCAGAUGGCAGACACGAUUCAGAUGAACCAAUGCUACACGCCACAGAAUCUUGGGGACGCAAUAGACUUCCUUCAGAACCUGCCGCCUGGCUCUGAUGAACAAAAUACCUAUCGGCUCCCGGACGGUACCUCCGUGGAGCUUACCCCCAUGCAGCGCCUGGCCCCCGAGAUGUUCUUCAGCCCCGAGAUGUUCGACCUGAAGUCGCCCAGCCUCUCUCAGGUUCUCGUGGAUUCCAUCAAGACGUGCGAGGACUCCCUGCAGCCCCGGCUCCUCUCCCACGUGAUAGCCUGCGGGGGGAACACCAUGUACAGCGGCUUCGGCGAGCGCCUGGAGCAGGAGUUGGCCAGACUUCAUCCCUCUGGCUUCACGGCCUCGGUGUGUGUCAAUUCCAAAAGAAAAUGUAGUGUGUGGCUGGGAGCAUCUAUUGUGGCUCAUCUGUCGACUUACAAGUCUGAGUGGAUAACCAAGGUGGAGUACGACGAGAGCUAGAGGCUGUGUGACCCGUCGGCUUGU